AUGGACGUCCCGACCGCUGUGCUUCUAGUCACCGUCGCCCUGAUUCUCCUGACCUACCUCAGCCUGCGCACGCGCUUCCCGCAUCUCCCCGGCCCGGGGCUGCGCGCGUACCUCCCGAACGGGCAGGUGCUGCGCGUGCUGCAAGACAACCGCCUCCUCGCCGGGACCGUUCUCCGCCUCUCCGCGCAGUACGGCGACGUCUUCCAGCUCUGGCUGGGCCCGUCCGAGUUCGUCGUCACCUCUGUCCCGGACGACGUCGUCCACAUCUUCACUAAGACUCAAGUCUUCGUCAGACCCCGCGCCAUGCGCGCCAUGUUCGACGCCGUCGUCCCCGGCAGCCUCUUCACCCUGUCCAAGCCCCACCACGCCCAGGCCAGGGCCCAGCUCCGCGCCAGCUUCAACCACACCUACCUCAAGGGCUUUCACCACUCCAUGCGCCGCGCCGUCGACGAUAUGUGCGAAGACUUGGCCGUCGCCGCUACUGUGCACCCAGGCAACAACCAGUCCGACCUCAUCAAUAUUACGCAGUAUCUCUCCGCCGCAGCCUUCCAGAUCAUCACCAACUGCGCGUUCGGCGUCGACAUGCCACGUCAACAGCGCCUCGCCUUCGCGUCGUACGCCAACGACCUCAUCGGCGGGAUGCUGCUAGAGCUCAUGGGUUACCCGUUCCGCCAGAUCCUCUCGGUCUUCGGUUCGCGCAAGGCCUUGAUCGCAAGCAAGGCCAAAGUCGACGCCGUGUGCGCAAAAAUCAUUCGCGACCGCCAGCAAGAAACGCCCCACCACAAGGCCAGCCGCGCCUCGGACUUGCUUGACGCUAUCCUGGCCCUAGACAAUCAUGACGCGCCCGCGCUGGUGUCCGAGGCCGUCACCUUCUUUGUGGCGGGCGGCCACACCACGUACGAGACCCUAGCGUGGUGCAUCUUCGAGGUGUCACGCGCCCCACGCGUGGAGGCCGCCAUCCGCGCGGAGCUGGCGCGCGUGCUCGGCGAGCGCGAUGUGCACCACGCCAUCUCGUUUGACGACUGCGAGAAGCUCACCUACCUCAAGCAGGUGUGGAAGGAGACGCUGCGCUUGCACCCGCCGGGCGCGUUUGUCAUGCGCACGGCCGCGUGCGACGUAACGCUGCGCGGCAGCGGCACGCGCAUCCCGAAGGGCUCCAACGUCAUCAGCCUGUUCCUCGGGGCGCAGUGCAGCGCCAAGUUCUGGAAGCAGCCGGAGACGUUUCGCCCGGAGCGCUGGGACAGCGCCACCGGCGAGGCGCGCCGCGCGCCGCCCGGCGCGUACACGCCCUUCAGCCUGGGCGCGCAGAACUGCGCCGGCCAGUUCCUCGCCGACUACGAGGCCGUCCUGACCCUCGCCUCGCUCUACAGAAGGUUUCGCGUGCAGCUCGCGUGCGAGCCCGCCGAGGUCCGCUCGUGCACCGGCUGGGUCGAGGGCGCCCGCACCGCCGUUGACGGCAGCGACUUCCAGUACGGCCUGCCUGUGCGCGUCACGUCCGUCGCGUGAGGCCGCGGGAGGAACUGCUGCGGUUUCUAGCCGCAGAGCGCAUGCCGCCCAUGUAACGAGGAGGCAGGGGGCCGGUGACACGCCCCUCCGAAUUAGCAUCGCGCCGCAGUGUACUGCUUGUGCGAGCAGGCGCUGCAAGAUACACGUAUGCCCGCAUCUCGCACAAGCGCAUGGCCCCCGCGCCAUGGGCCGCCGGGUGGCUGGCUGUUGCAUCCCCGCGCCGCGUGGAGCGCGGGCGAGGCGCCGCCCCCGAGCCAGUGUAGCGUGCCGCGGACUCCGGCUUUUCGCGUACCCGCGCUUCCUUUCGCCGCGCCUCUCGUCGCGCCGCGCGCACACCUCGCAUGCUCGCGCGCCUAGUUGCUGCGUGCCGUACAGCAAGCCAUGGCGCCGGCAUUGCACCCAGCACGCCCUGAACACCACCGUGACAUGACACCACCUGCCACCGCGCCUCCCCGCCCCACGCCCUCAUCCCCCUCUGCAACAGCACCGCCAAUUCUCCCACCGCCCCCCACGCGCAACAACGGCGCGGUCCGCAUCGUUCCUCUCCCGCGGCUUAGUCCUCGGCCAGGACAUGGGCCCUCACGCCUGCAUCGCGCUGCCCCUCCCGAGCCUGCGGGCCGGGGAGCGUGUGGGCCGGUUAAUCGCCGCUAGUUGAGCGCCGGGCUGUGCAUUAUGGUACUGUAUACCAGGCCGGCCGUCGCAGUCGGUGUGUACGCGCGGACAGGUUGCAUCGGUGUGCGGUAGUGGGCGCAACGUGAAGACGGUUAGGCGGACAACAAGGACGCGGGAUGACAGCCAUGUUAACAGGCCGCUUUACAGAGCAUUUGCAAUGACGUGGACGUGAAAGUGUAUGCUGUCCGUUGGUACUGUACCACGGCAUCUCAAUGGCGCCUCCAUGCCUAGCUGACAUGGUCGUGAACAUUUGUCUCUCGCACAGAACGCAUACUUACUAUCCAUCGUACCUACCUUCCAGGGGAAUCGGCGGCCCCCUAUCCCCGUCCCCUGAUAAAAUCUCCACCCA